AUGUACGCCUACAGCUGGCUGGCGCCCGGGCACGGCGCCUGGCCGCCCCAGCAGCCCCUCGCCUACACCUACCUGCCCGGCCCCCUGCUGCUGCCCUGCAUCCGGGCCCACACCGUCUGCGGCCGGCCUCCGGCCCCGGGCGCCGGCGGCUGGACCGCCCCGCGGGAAUACCACACUUUCCACGGCCCGGGCGCGCCGCCGGGGCCUGCGCCGCUCUGCUGGGCCCUCCCGCCGGCCUCCGCCGCGGCCCUGGCCCCGCCGCUCCCGGCGCCCGGAGACCCGGGAUCGUUGGCACCGGCGCCCGCGGUGACGGCGGCCGCGAGCCGGGCGCCGUGGCCCGAGGGCGGCAGCCUGCGGGCGGAGCUGCGCUGGGGCCGCGUGGAGCGCGCGUGGGGCGCGCGCCUGGCGCUGCCGGACCCGGUGCGCCGCGAGCUGCGGCGCGCGUACGGCACGUUCCCCCGCACCGACGUGCGCGUCACCUUCCGGGGCGGCGAGUUCCUGCUGGAGGCCGCGCCGCGCGUGGGCGAGCCCGAGGUCCGCGCGCGGAGGCGCCCGCCGCGCCCGCCCGCCGGCAGCGGCAGCAGCGACAGCAGCGACGGCAGCGACAGCGCCCCCGCGCGGGGAGCGGCGGAGCGCGGCCGCCGGGAAGCGGGCAAAGGCCGGGGCUGA